GUUUUGCAUGGACUGAAAUCAAUUGAACACCACCAUGGCUAUCUCUGACAAGAACAAUCCAUUCAUAAUUCCUCUGCUUGCCUUUGUGACCAUGUUGUGCAUGUUCCCUGGUAAGGUGAAGUCAGCAGAAUCAUUAUCUUUCAGCUUCAGCAAAUUUGGUUCUGACCAAAAGGAUCUUAUCUUCCAAGGUGAUGCCAUUUCUACAAACAAUGUUUUACAACUCACUAAGUUAAACAGUGCAGGAAAUCCUGUGGGUGUUAGUGUGGGAAGAGUGUUAUACUCUGCACCAUUACGUCUUUGGGGAGACUCUGCUGUUCUGUCAAGCUUUGAUACUACUGCCACCUUUCAAAUCUCAACACCUUACGUUUCUUAUGCUGAUGGCAUUGCCUUCUUCCUUGCACCACAUGACACUGUCAUCCCUCCAAAUUCUAAUGGUAGACUCCUUGGACUCUUUUCUAACAACAUAAACGCUUUCAAAAACUCCUCCACCUCUGUAAACAAGACCACUGUUGAUUUUAAAGCUGCAACAAACAACGUUGUUGCUGUUGAAUUUGACACCUACCCUAAUGUCGAUUUUGGCGAUCCACCAUAUAUUCACGUUGGAAUCGAUGUGAACUCUAUCAUAUCGAAGGCAACUGCAAGGUGGAACUGGCAAAAUGGGAAAACAGCCACUGUACACAUCACAUAUAAUUCUGCCUCUAAAAGACUAACUGCUUCUAUUUAUUAUCCUGGGGGUACUCCUGUCACUGUCUCCUAUGAUGUUCAGUUACAAACAGUGCUCCCUCAAUGGGUUCGUGUGGGGUGGUCUGCUUCAACUGGAGCAGAGGCACAAAGAAAUACCCUUCUCUCAUGGUCUUUCUCUUCAAGCUUGAAGAACAACGAUGUGAAGGAGGAGAAAGAAGACACCUUUAUUACAACAGUUGUGUGAUCGUAUACGUGAAGCAUGUAAUAUCUAUAUGUGUGUCAUGAGUCAAUAAAGACAAGUGCACUCUAGUACUUGCGCAUGUUGUUUAUGAUGUUUAUGUUGUUUAUGUGUACGACUGUUAUAUAUCUAUGUACGCAUGUUAAAGAAUAAAGAAUAAUAUUACUAUAAAACUGUACGUGAGUUUGUUUA